CCUAGAGAACUAGUCUAUGGUCUGAGGUGAAAAAUCUGUAUUAAUCUGUGAAAAUUCAAAAAAUACAACUAUUUUCAAGUGGAAAUUGAAUUGAGAAUACAACUUGAAAAGAAGAAAAUAUGGAAGAGAAUAUUAAAAAAGUUGUUGCUCCGACAGUAGAGCAAAUUAAUGCUGAUAGAAUUAUGCAUUUGGCAACCAAAUAUUGGGCCCCCCAUUCACAAGAAAAACUUCCAUUUGAUCCUGAAGUUAUUGACAAUAUAUAUAUAGAGGAUAUCAGAGGAAGUAAUUAUUCUACCAGAAAAAUUAUCAUUUUAGAAUUUAGUCAAUAUUUGGAAAAUUAUUUGUGGCCAAAUUACAAGCCAGGUGCUUCUUAUGGUCAUAUGCUUUCAAUUGUGAUAAUGGUUAAUGAAAAGUUUAGAGAGCGUGUACAAGUGUGGCAAGCUUUUCGAAAACACAGUUUGUAUUUUCCUGAAUUGUUUCGUCAAGUUAUGAAUGGUUGUUUUGAAGAUGACCUAACAUUGAAUAUAAAAGAGAAAACUGCUUUGUUGGUAUUUUUAAAUCAUUGUUUUAAUAGCAUGGAAGAAUCUAUCUGUAGAGAUCAGGUUAAAAGGUUAGUGUCCUUGUCUAUGUGGGUUUCACUUCAGGAACAAAGAAGGGAAUUAGAAUUCAAAAGAUUUCCGAGGUGGAAAAAAUACUGGAGAGCUAUACAGAAAAAAGAUAAAACUGAAGAUUUGGAAAAUCUUAAUUGGGAAAGAACUUUUCUACAUAAGUUAAUGUUGAAAUUCAUGGAUGUUUUAGACUCUAUUAGUGAUGCAGAGAUUAAUAUAAAGGAUAAAGUUCAUUAUUGUGAAAGGUUUCUAGAACUAAUGAUCGAUUUAGAAUCCCUUUUACCUACAAGAAGAUUUUUCAAUACUGUAUUAGAUGACUGUCAUUUGGUAGUUAGAUGCCAACUUUCUACUCUUAUAAAAAAACCAGAAGGAAGACUAUUUUCUCAGCUUCUUGAUACUCUAAAAUUCUAUUCGAAAUUUGAAAUCAAUGAUGAAACAGGUGACCCCCUAACAGACCACGAUAUGACACAAAUUCAUUAUGAUCAAAUUACCUCACUACAAAAAGUAGCAUUUAGCAAGUUUCCAGAACUUAUAGAUUUUGCACUUGCUAAUGUUGCAAGUGUAGACACUAGAAAGAGUUUAUCAAAAUAUUUUGGAACCUUAAAUAAAAACAGCCUUCAUCUUAUAGCAUCGUACUUGAGAUUAGUUCCACCUCCAGAAAAACAAAAUGAAAUAACAUGGUGUAGAUUUGAUGUGGAAUUUUUAAGGGAGUUAUUAAUUUCUCGUCAUGAAAAAAGAAUUUCUCAGUUGGAAGCAUUGAAUGAGAUGCCAUUGUACCCAACUGAAUCUAUCAUUUGGAAUGAGAACAUUGUACCAACUGCAUAUUUCUCAGGUGAAGACUGCUUGGCUUUACCAAAGCUCAAUCUACAAUUUCUAACAUUGCAUGAUUACUUAUUGCGAAAUUUCAAUUUAUUCCGUCUAGAAUCAACAUAUGAGAUAAGGCAAGAUAUAGAAGAUAGUGUGAGCCGCUUAUGCCCUUGGAAAGCGGAAGAUGAUAGUGUUUAUUGGGGAGGCUGGGCAAGAAUGGCACAACCAAUUUUACACUUUGCUGUGGUUGAAGUUGCAAAGCCAAAUAUUGGUGAAAAGAGACCAAGUCGAGUCCGAGCUGAUGUCACAGUUAAUCUAGCAUUAAGACCAGAAAUCAAAACUGAAUGGGAGAAUUUGCGGAAACAUGAUGUUUGUUUUUUAUUAACAGUAAAACCCAAAAAUCCAAUUGGAACCAAAUAUGAUAAUAAAUUACCUUUUAUUCCUCAAGUGGGACUGGAAUAUGUAAGAGGUUGUGAAAUUGAGGGAAUGCUAGAUAGUAAUGGAAGAGUAAUUGAAGAUGGACCUGAACCUAGACCAGUUUUACCAGGUGAUAAAAGAACUUAUCGUGUAUGGUUAGACUGUAAUCAAUAUAGAGAUGAUAUGAAUAAAAUGAAUCAAGGAAAUCCAGAUGUAUAUGAAAGCUUCAACAUACUACUAAGAAGAAAACCAAAGGAGAAUAACUUCAAGGCUGUGUUGGAAACAAUCAGAGAAUUAAUGAAUACAGAAUGUGUUGUGCCUGACUGGUUACAUGAUAUAAUAUUAGGAUAUGGAGAUCCUAGUGCAGCACACUAUACAAAAAUGCCAAAUCAAAUUUCCACCAUUGAUUUCAAUGAUACUUUCAUUGAUAUAAACCACUUGACUGGCUCCUUUCCAGACUAUCAAAUCAUUCUAGAUAAAAAUAAAGCCCCAGGGCCUGUCGAAUCUAAUGAAACCAUUGACCAUGAUAUUCAGAACUUGCCAUAUCUUUUCAAAGUAUGUUUCAAGGACCUUGGAGAGGACAAAAAAGUAAACCCUGACAAAGAGAUGGUGAUUGAACCUCAUAUCAUUCCAAAGCGAGGGCCUUAUCUUUUCAAUGAACCAAAGAAAAACACCAUUCCUUUUACACCAACUCAAGUAGAAGCUAUAAAAGCAGGCUGUCAACCAGGUUUAACACUUGUUGUUGGUCCUCCAGGAACUGGAAAGACAGAUGUAGCUGUGCAGAUUAUUUCGAACAUAUAUCAUAAUUUCCCAAAUCAGAGAACUUUGAUUGUUACACAUUCAAAUCAAGCUCUCAAUCAAUUAUUUGAUAAAAUUGUUGCUUUGGAUAUUGAUGAAAGGCACUUAUUACGUUUAGGACAUGGAGAGGAAGCAUUAGAGACUGAAAAAGAUUUCAGUAGGUAUGGUCGUGUGAAUUAUGUACUAGCUAAGCGUUUGGAUUUACUGAUGGAGGUUCAAAAACUUCAGGAAUCAUUAGAGUGUCAGGGAGAUGUAGCCUAUACUUGUGAAACUGCGGGAUAUUUUUAUUUGUAUCAGGUUCUUUCGAGGUGGGAACAUUAUCAGAGUAUUAUCAAUUCACCUAAAAUUACAUUGGAAAAAAUCAAAGAUGACUUUCCAUUUACUAAAUUCUUUCAAAGUGCCCCUGAGCCGUUAUUUAAAGGUAAAUCUGUUGAAGAAGAUUUGGAAAUAGCAGAAAGUUGUUUCAGAUAUAUCAAGCAUAUAUUUGAGGAACUAGAAGAGUUCAGAGCAUUUGAAUUGCUUAGGUCUGGAUUGGAUCGUUCAAAAUAUUUGUUAGUUAAAGAAGCAAAAAUAAUUGCUAUGACUUGCACACAUGCAGCUCUAAAAAGAAAAGAGCUUGUUGAAAUGGGUUUUAAAUAUGAUAAUAUUUUGAUGGAAGAAAGUGCCCAAAUUUUAGAAAUUGAGACUUUUAUACCAUUAUUAUUACAAAAUCCUCAAGAUGGUUUCAACAGACUGAAGAGAUGGAUUAUGAUUGGAGACCACCAUCAGUUACCUCCUGUUAUAAAAAAUAUGGCUUUCCAAAAAUAUUCAAAUAUGGAGCAGAGUUUAUUUACAAGAUUGGUGAGAUUAGGUGUACCAACCAUUGAAUUGGAUGGACAAGGAAGAGCUAGAAGCAGUAUAUGUGACUUAUACAGAUGGAGAUACAAAUCUUUGGGUGACUUGCCGCAUAUUGGUGUAUCCCCAGAAUAUCAAGUGGCUAAUGCAGGAUUUGCAUAUGAUUUUCAACUUAUUGAUGUUCAAGAUUUCAAUAAUGUAGGUGAAAGUGAACCAAAUCCUUAUUUUUAUCAGAACUUAGCAGAAGCUGAAUAUUGUGUCGCAGUUUUUAUGUAUAUGAGACUGCUUGGUUACCCAGCAUCAAAAAUUACCAUUUUAACGACAUAUAAUGGUCAGAAACAUCUAAUAAGAGAUGUGGUUAAUACAAGAUGCAAAAACAAUCCAUUAAUUGGAAAUCCACAUAAGAUCACUACUGUAGAUAAAUAUCAAGGACAACAGAAUGAUUAUAUUUUAUUGUCUCUCGUCAGAACAAAAGCUGUUGGUCAUCUAAGAGAUGCAAGAAGACUGGUGGUAGCGAUGUCAAGAGCUCGAUUAGGCUUAUAUGUAUUUGCUCGAGUAUCGCUAUUCCAGAAUUGUUUUGAAUUAACACCAGCCUUCAAGCAACUCACCAGUAGGCCGAAUAAACUGCAUUUAGUUCUGAAUGAAGUAUUUCCCACAACAAGGUCUUGUAAGGAGGUACCAAAAAAUCCUAUGAUAGUGGAAGAUAUGACACAAAUGGCAAAUUUUGUAUAUAAAUAUUAUGUUGAUAGGGUAGAGCACCUUAAAGCUUUCUAUAAAACUGAGAAGAAUGAAGAAAAUGGAUCUUCUCCUAAAGAAAUAGAACAAGAUGAUGAUGAUGAUGAAUAGAUAAAUUUUCUGUAAAUAUUUUUUUAUGAUAAAUAUCUCAAUGUUGUUUUGAAUCAUCUUACUUUUGAUUAAAGUACAUUUCUAUUUAUUGUA